ACUGGCCCCCUGGGAGUGGGGGCCACUGACACCCACACCCCUUCCUGCUGCCCGCCAGGCGUCCGGUCCUGGGAUGUGGACCCCGGCGUCUGCAGCCUCGAUGAACAGCUCAAGGUCUUCGUGUCCAGGCACUCGGCCACCUUCUCCAGCAUCGUGAAAGGCCAGCGAAGCUUGCACCACCGUGGGGCUGCCUUGGACACCCUGGUCCUCCUGAACCCAUCCGACAAGUCGCUGUGUGAUGAGCUCCGGAAUUUUCUGCUAGAUCCUGCCCCUCACAAACUGGUGGUGCUGGCUGGGCCCUGCCUGGAGGAGACAGGGGAGCUGCUGCUUCAGACGGGGGGUUUCUCGGCCAGCCACUUGCUCCAGGUCCUUGGGGACAAAGAGAUCGGGGAGCUCCUGGCCUUGGCCCCUGUGCCACCCGCCCCGCCCACACUCACCAUCACCUGCCCAACUUUUGGCAACUGGGCCCAGCUGGCCCCCAACAUGCCAAGCCUGCCAGGCGUGCUCCAGCCGCGCUUAAACCCCCCGACGCGGCUGCCGGCCUCCGAGGGCCUGCGCGAGUUCCUGGAGUACGUGGCCGAGUCGCUGGAGCCGCCCUCGCCCUUUGAGCUGCUGGAGCCGCCGGCCGCAGUGGGCUUCCUCAAGAUCGCCCGGCCCUGCUGCUACGUCUUCCCCGGUGGCCUGGGCGACGCCGCCUUCUUCGCCGUCAAUGGCUUCACCAUCCUGGUCAACGGCGGCUCCAGCCCCAAGUCGAGCUUCUGGAAGCUGGUGCGGCACCUGGACCGCGUGGACGCGGUGCUGGUGACCCACGUCGGUGUCGAUAGCCUGCCGGGCCUCAACAGCCUGCUACGGCGCAAGCUGGCCGAGCGGGAGGCGGCAGCGGGCAGUGGCGGGGGCGACGAGGCCCUGCGGAACCUCAUCUCCCCCGAGCUGGGCGUUGUGUUCCUGAACACGGGUGGGGCCGGGUGCUCGGCGGCGGCGGCAGGGGAGGCGCAGCUGGUGCGCAGCGUGGACGAGGUGGGGCUGGCGCUGGGUCUGCUGGCCCGCCUGGGCAUCGCCCCGCUUCCCCUGAGCCGAGGGCCACUGCCCACCGAGCCCACUGUGCUCUUCCAGAAGAUGGGCGUGGGCAGGCUGGACAUGUACGUGCUGCACCCGCCCUCCGAGGCCGCCGGCCGCAGUGCCGACCGAACCCUCGCUUCGGCCUGCGUCUUGCUGGUGUGGCAGCCGGCCAGCCCCGCCGAGAAGGUGGUGCGGGUGCUCUUCCCUGGCUGCACGCCGCCCGCACGCCUGCUCGAAGGCCUGGCCCGCCUGGAGCACCUGGGCUUCCUGCGGGAGCCCGUCGUGACGCCCCAAGACCUGGCGGGGCCGCGGCGCGCCGAGAGCAGGGAGAGCCUGGGCUCCCGGGACAGCGUGCGGGCCAGGGAUCGGCCCGGCACAGCCCGCAGAGAGCCCCUGCGCACCGAGAAAGACGCCAGGCCGCCCCCACGCGAGGCCAAGAAAGACCCCAGACCUGGCGGCGGCCUGCGCACCCAGCCCCGGGAGGUGCGCCCGAGGGCCGCCGCCACCCCAGAUGUCAAGAAGGCCGGGGUCCCAGCGUCAGCCAAGGCCCGGAAAGCGCCCGAGGCGCCGCGCCCCGCCGUGGAGAACGGCCCCCGCAGCCCCCCCGAGCGGGGCUCGGACGGGCCAGGUGCCGAGGAGACCCCGCCCACCUCCCUCAGCGAGUCCCUGCCCACCUUGUCCGACUCCGAGCCCCUGCCUGCCCUCUCUGGCCCUGCGGACUCAGAUGACGACAACACCGAGAGCCUGGGUGUCCCCCACCGCCGCCGGGACCCACUCAAGGACCCCCGCCCACUGCCUGCCCCGCCCGGUGUCUGCAUGGUGGACCCCGAGCAGACCCGGCGCCUGGAGAGCCUCGGGCGCGCUCGGAAGCCCCUGACGCGCACCGGCCCCACCGCCACUGGCCCCAAAGCUGCGACAGCCGGCACUGCCAAAACCAAGGGGCUGGCCAGCGGUGACCGGGCCAGCCGGCCACUCAGCGCACGGUCCGAGCCUGGGGACAAGGCCGCCCGGACGCUCCUGACCCGAAAGUCUUCUGUUCCCAAGACGACCUCUCGAGGCCCCCCAGGCACAGCUGCGGGGCGUGCCAGUGGGCCGGCGGUCCCGCCCGGCAGUCCGGUCUACCUGGAUCUGGCCUACCUGCCCAGUGGGAGCAGCGCCCGCCUGGUGGACGCCGAGUUCUUCCGGCGGGUGCGCGCCCUCUGCUACGUUAUCAGUGGGCAGGACCAGGGCAAAGAGGAGGGCAUGCGGGCCCUGCUGGACGCCCUGCUGGCUGGGAAGCAGCAGUGGGACCGCGAGCUUCAGGUGACCCUGAUCCCCACCUUUGAGUCGGCAGCCAUUCACGAGUGGUACCAGGAGACGCACGCACGACAGCAGGCCAUGGGGCUGACAGUGCUGGGCAGUAACAGCACAGUGGCCAUGCAAGACGAGAGCUUCCCUGCCUGCAAGGUGGAGUUCUAGUCGUGUCCCCCCACCCCCACCCCCCACCCCAGCCCCUGCUCUGCCACUGCCCGAGAGCUCACCUGCCACCAAUAAACCAUGUGCUCAUCCAA